GUCCCAGAGCCCUCCUCUUCCAUCUUGCUGCCCUCCAGACCGGAUCCAGCAUGGACCCACCGGGUCCUCCCAAGCCCGCCCCCACCCCGAAAACCAAGCGGGCGUGUGAUGUCUGCCGCAUCAAGCGGGUCAAGUGCAUCGGCGAAUACCCAUGCGAAGCCUGUCGGGCAAGCGGAAUCCUCUGCACCUACUACACUCCUCCGAGGAAACGCGGACCGCAGAAGACUCGCCAUCACCCAGCUGCAGGAGACUCGUCCAACUCGUGGAUCAGCGCGACGGCCUCCAAUUUGCCGGAUAUCAAAGCCCUUCGAUCCGAGUCUUUGAUGCAGCCUUGGCAGAUUGGCUCGCACAGGACGCCGUGGCUGCUCCCGAUCGAUCGACGCCGUUUGGCCAUGGGCCAAAACACCCUCGGCAUUUACUGGGGUAUGUGACCGACUGCUGAUGCUGCAGAUGGUGCUGCGGCGGAUGGCCCAAGCCUGCGCUGCACGGACGACAUCGGCCUCUGGGGCAGAUCAGCAUCAGCAUCAGCAUCGGCAUCGACAUCGGCUUGCUGUGGCAG